AUGGUAGAGAUCAGGGGGAUACUCCAGCAACUCAUUGGGACAAAUGGUAAGAUGCAAGAAAAGUUGGCAGUACAUGAUUCAGCUAUAAAGAACAUUGAAACUCAGUUGGGGCAGUUGUCUAUGGCUUUAAACAACCGCCCUCAAGGAACAUUGCCAGCGGAUAUAAAUAUUAACCCCAAGGAGCAAAACCCGAAUCAGCUGAUGGAAGUAAGUCUCUGGAAUGGGAGAGAUUUAGACAAAGAGCAGGAGGUUGCACAAGCCAGCAAAGAGACUACGCCAACCACUCCAAUUUCACUAGAGGUAGAUAAACCAAUAAAUCUGACUGAAGUGGUGGUUGAACAGGGUCAAGAUGAAAAGGGUAAGUCUAAGGUAAAUGAACAAGAUGCAAAACAGGUGGUGCCUCUUAUGCCACAGAACCCCAACAGAGAGAAGCCAGCAAGCAGUUAUGCGAAGAUGAUGAAAGACCUAAUGUCACAGAAGUUUGAUUUUCAGGACCUAUCCACAUUGACUUUGACGCAGACCUAUAGCGCAGUAGUGACCAGACCGAUGACUCAAAAGAUGUCCGACCUGGGUAGCUUCACUAUUCCAUGCACGAUUGGGAUUUACACCUUUGCAAAGGCAUUAUGUGAUUUGGGAGCCAGCAUAAAUUUGAUGCCUCUGGCUGUAUACACUAAACUGGGCAUUGGCAGAGCUAGACCGACUUUGAUGCUGCUGCAGCUAGCUUACCGCACGAUAAAAAGGCCUAUUGGGAUUCUUGAUGAUGUGUUGGUACAAGUGGGGAAGUUCGUGUUCCCUGCAGACUUUGUUAUUCUGGACGGUCAGGUAGAUAAGGAGAUACCUAUCAUUUUAGGUAGGCCAUUUUUGGCCACUCGGAGAGCACUGAUCGAUUGUGAGACUAGGGAAUUAAAAAUGAGACUGAAUGAUGAAGAAGUCAUAUUCAAUGUUCAACAAUCUAUGGGGAGACCCAAUGAAUAUGCUAAUUGCUCUCUAGUGGAGGCAGCGGAUGUGAUCCUGCAAGAAGAUGAUGUGACCCUGACUGCUAAAGAUCCAUUGGAGGCAUGUUUGACAAAUUUAGAAGAUGGAUGGUGA